AUGAGGAUUGCCAUUCGAGAGCAAUUGGCUUUACUUGUCACCCUCGUUGUACUAGUCGGGCUCGCCAUUGUAUCCGUGCCAACAUGGAUUUUCGUCAACAACUUCGUCAUCCAAGUCCAGUCGAGCGGCUUGGCCUUGACAGCUUCACUCAAGGCCACCCGCAUCGCGUCUGAGCUCCAGCUGAUCCAGACGACCUGUUCGACAAUAUCUACGAGAAUAUUGAUCCAACAAUCGCUGGUGACAUACUACGAAGGCAACACGACCGAUAGUAAUUGGGCUUCUGCGACCGAGGACUUUCAAAGCGCCCUUGGCUCUGGCGGAGGGAAUUUGUACCAAGUCAAAGUGUACUCCAGAAACACCACGGGUCCGAGUAAUGGCCUCUUCAACGCCACUGGUAAAACAACUCCACGCAUCGAGCUUCCCUAUGAGACGUCCGAUGGAAACAGGCCGUUCCUCGGUGACGCGGACGGAGGCUUUCCGCCGUCGCUCUAUCCCAACAUCACGUACAAUGACACGGGCGUGCCGAGCACCAACAGUCCGUCCACAAAUACAUUUACGGCUUACGCCUUCUCCGGCAUUCAGCUCAAUCAAGGCAAUGGCCUAUUGCUGGGUCCUCUGAUGAUCAACGAGACAUUUGCCCUGAUUUCACUGACUAUACCCAUACGAUCCAUAUCACAACCGGGUUUUAUCUUGGGAUACAUGACCGUUGUCGCUUCUGGAAGCCCCCUUGUGAACGUGGCGAGUUCAAGAGAAGGCAUGGGUAACACGGGUGUCGUACUGAUUAUCGGUCCAGAGGCCGCAUCAAAUCAAUUCGACCCAACACUGCCACCGAGCAAUUCAACGUACACGCCGACUGACCGGGAUGCCUUCGGAAAUACUCCAAUGAAAUUUGUCCUUCCCCCCAUACCAGCGCCCAAUGGCGCAAGACGGCAUGAUCAGCACAGCUACAGUUCUGGAUCUUACGACCGCCCCUUCCGAUUGAAGGACUACCCAGUCUUGAUGACAGAGUUCUCAAAACAGGUCGACUCAGUGAACAACGCUAGCGCGAAUUUGUGGACGAAAAAUGAGCAAAAUACCGAUGUCUCGGUCGGGUUCGCCCGGCCACAGAACACGCUUUUCACUUGGGCGGUGAUUGUUGAGCAGGCACGCUCCGAAGCCACGGCUCCGAUCAGCACGUUGCGUACUAUUCUACUUGGUUGUGUCUUUGGUACUGCUGGCGCUGUUGCGCUCCUCGUCUUCCCGUGUGCCCACUGGAGCGUCAUGCCGAUUCGACGGCUCAAAGAUGCUACAGAGAAGUCUGUUGCUCCACCAGGAUACCAGGACGACCUCGCGAGAUUCAACACAUAUGACGAAGACGGCAUGAUCUCGGGUACUACAUCUAAGAAAUCUGUGAAAGGCAUGGUGGCAUGGUUCUCCCGGAAGUUGGGGCGCCAUCACCGUAGACGCCUCCUGGCAGACGCCGAAAGCGACUCACACCGACGUGUCUUUAAAAUUCCGGGCAAAGUGGAAAGUCACAAACACAUAGUCACCGAUGAGUUGACGGAACUAACGACAGUUUUCAACGAAAUGAGCGACGAACUGCUUAAGCAGUACACAUCACUGGAUGAAAAGGUAGCCGAACGAACGCGCGAACUGGAAAUCAGUAAGAAGGCAGCCGAAGCAGCGAACGAAAGCAAGACUUUAUUCAUCGCAAACAUCUCCCACGAACUCAAGACGCCACUGAACGGCAUUAUGGGCAUGUGUGCAGUGUGUAUGGAAGAGGACGAUAUUGUCAGGAUCAAGCAGUCCCUCAAGACGCUGUAUAAAUCUGGCGAUCUUUUGCUCCAUCUUCUCGAUGAUUUAUUAAGCUUCUCAAAGAAUCAAAUAGGUCAUCAAGUAAACCUGGAGGAACGCGAAUUUCGGCUGGCGGACAUUCGAUCGCAGAUUCUUUCCAUCUUCGAUAAGCAAGUAAAGGAGGGCCGCAUCACGCUGACAGCCGACUUUGUCGGUAACGACUGCGAUGGCUAUCCUGUCGAUCCGGAACAAUCCAAUCAAGAGAAGCGUCUGCCCGCUGUCGGCCCCCAAGGUCUGGGCCGUCUGAAAGACAUGUGCCUCUGGGGCGAUCAGCAUCGAAUAUUGCAGGUCUUGAUUAACUUGGUGAGCAACAGCUUAAAGUUCACACCUGCUGGUGGCAGGGUCAUGGUACGUAUUCGGUGCAUAGCAGAAAUAGAGUCAAGCGAUGAGAGUAGGGCGUCGUCAUCCAUCUCAAGGAACUCGAGCCGCCCCGGCCGUGGUCGAGGUCGCCUCGGAUCCGGCUCACAAAACUCGACGAGCUCUAGAGGCGCAUCGUCGUCAAUUGUGCAGGCACAGGUUCAGAAAGGCACUGCCUUGUCCAUCAACCCAGCGGAUCCUAGAUCUGGAAGCCACCAGACAACCAUGGACAGGCCUGCAACUCCGCCGCCAACCAAUGCCAAAACAUAUCUCUUCGAAUUUGAGGUGGAGGAUACUGGCCCUGGUAUAGCCGAGCACAUGCAACAGCGAGUGUUUGAGCCCUUCGUGCAAGGAGACUUGGGUCUAAGCAAAAAGUAUGGUGGCACCGGGCUAGGCCUGAGCAUUUGCUCUCAGCUAGCCACGCUUAUGGGCGGGAGUGUCUCUCUGAGGAGCACAGUGGGUGUCGGAACGACCUUUAUAGUGCAGCUGCCGCUGAAAUAUACCAAAGAAAAACCUUCCAGUACGGCAUCCAGUAGCAUCGGUGGCUCGAGACCGCAAAGCGUUGCGUCUGGGGACCCUGAAACUCGACGCCAAUCAAUGGGAGAGGUACCGGCUGCCGAGAGCUCGAAAGCGACUGCUACGACCGCAUUGGACAAACAGCCUAGGCUUGUGGGGCUAAGUCAGCCAUUCUUCGCGGCCGUCAAGUCACAAACCCCUAAGAGCGAUGAUGAGAAGAUGGCAAUGAUAAAUCAGGCGAUUGAAAAGAAAGGGGGGCAAGGGAAACUGCGCGUUUUGGUGGCCGACGACAACAACACCAAUAUCGAGGUUGUCAGCAGAAUGUUGAAGCUCGAGGACGUGUACGACGUCACAAUCGCCAAGGACGGGCAGGAGGCAUACGAGCUGGUCAAGUCAAACUUUGAGCGGAACGAGAGGUUCGAUGUCAUCUUCAUGGACAUCCAGAUGCCGAACCUAGAUGGGCUUCAAAGCACGAGGCUGAUCCGCAAGAUGGGCUACAACGCGCCCAUUGUUGCCCUGACGGCAUUCUCCGACGCGAGCAAUGUCAAAGAUUGCAUGGAUUCGGGCAUGAACGAGUUCCUCGCGAAACCGAUCCGCAGGCCGGCUCUGAAGCAGGUGCUGCAGAAGUUUGCUACGAUCCCAGAGGAGCCGGAGACGGCGAGCGUAUUGACCAAGAAGACUACACCGGAAGCAACGACACCAGCGGACCCGCCAUCGGAAAAGAGGGAUCUUGGACUGCUCUCAUCGACGGACCUUACUCCCAAGGCGGAGGAACAGCACUCUAACGGGGUGGCUCCACCGGGGAAGUAG